GCUGCGGCGACGCGGUGGACAUGUCCUUCGGCCUGCGGUGGGCCGCCUUGUCAGAGGCUGGCGACGUGGGUCCCACCAGGAGCGGGAGCUGCUGCUGAACGGCCGGCGCCUCUUCCAGCACGGCGUGCUCUACCAGGCCUAUGCCCCCGCGAG